CAUGGGUCCAAACUCCAAACGACCAAACCUAUAUCACCGGCUCCAUUUUCUUCCAUGCCUGCAAUAUAAAAAGGACCUACUACGCAAACCCUAGCUUUUCUCUACUGUCUCUCUCUCCCCCAUCUUUCUCUUUAACAACUGCGGCUAGGGUUCUUUCAGAUUUGAUUUUAAGAUAUCAAUAUGGGUAAGGAAAAGAUUCAUAUCAGUUUGGUGGUCAUUGGCCAUGUCGACUCUGGAAAGUCGACCACCACUGGUCAUUUGAUCUACAAGCUUGGAGGUAUUGACAAGCGUGUGAUCGAGAGAUUUGAGAAGGAAGCUGCUGAGAUGAACAAGAGGUCCUUCAAGUAUGCUUGGGUGCUUGACAAACUUAAGGCAGAGCGUGAGCGUGGUAUUACCAUUGAUAUUGCCUUGUGGAAGUUUGAGACUAACAAGUACUACUGCACAGUCAUUGAUGCCCCAGGACAUCGUGACUUUAUCAAGAACAUGAUUACUGGAACCUCCCAGGCUGAUUGUGCUAUCCUCAUUAUUGACUCCACCACUGGAGGUUUUGAGGCUGGUAUCUCCAAGGAUGGUCAGACCCGUGAGCACGCACUUCUUGCCUUUACUCUUGGUGUCAAGCAAAUGAUUUGCUGCUGUAACAAGAUGGAUGCCACCACCCCCAAGUACUCAAAGGCUAGGUACGAGGAAAUCGUGAAGGAAGUCUCUUCAUACCUGAAGAAGGUUGGUUACAACCCAGACAAAAUCCCAUUCGUUCCCAUUUCUGGGUUUGAGGGUGAUAACAUGAUUGAGAGGUCCACCAACCUUGACUGGUACAAGGGACCAACUCUUCUUGAGGCCCUUGACUUGAUCAAUGAGCCAAAGAGGCCCUCAGACAAGCCCCUUCGUCUCCCACUCCAGGAUGUGUACAAUGGAGGUAUUGGACUGGUUACUGACGGGCGCGUUGGACGUGUUGAGACCGGUGUCUUGAAGCCUGGUAUGCUUGUUACUUUUGGUCCUACUGGACUGACCACUGAAGUUAAGUCAGUGGAGAUGCACCACGAAUCUCUUCCAGAAGCUCUUCCUGGUGACAAUGUUGGCUUCAACGUCAAGAAUGUUGCUGUCAAGGAUCUCAAGCGUGGUUUCGUUGCUUCUGACUCCAAGAACGACCCUGCCAAGGAGGCAGCCAAUUUCACUGCUCAGGUGAUCAUCAUGAACCACCCUGGACAGAUUGGAAAUGGUUACGCCCCAGUGCUCGAUUGCCACACCUCCCACAUUGCUGUCAAGUUUGCUGAGCUCGUGACCAAGAUUGACAGACGUUCAGGUAAGGAGAUUGAGAAGGAGCCCAAGUUGAAGAAUGGUGAUGCUGGUAUGGUUAAGAUGAUUCCAACCAAGCCCAUGGUGGUGGAGACUUUCUCAGAGUACCCACCCCUUGGUCGUUUUGCUGUCAGAGACAUGAGGCAGACUGUCGCUGUUGGUGUCAUCAAGAACGUCGAGAAGAAGGAUCCAACCGGUGCCAAGGUUACCAAGGCUGCCCUCAAGAAGAAAUAAGGUUUAUUUGCAUCUAUCACUGCUUUGGAGCAUUGGUAUUAUGAAGGCUCGGUAGCAACAUUUUGGAACAAUCUGAUUUUCAGCGGUUUUAAUUGGGUCUUUGUGUUAUGUUUAGUGUAUGGUCUUAGUUUUGGUCAUAGGUUAGUGUCUUCCCUGAUAUUCAGCUCUAGUUCUCAGAAUUGGAUGCUGGAUAGACGGUGGCAUGGCCCUGUUUCUUGUUUCCUUGUAUGAAUUUCUGAACACUUCUCCCUAUGCAGUUCAGGAGUUUUAUCUUUGUUUUUCCUGGGCUGGCUGUUGUGUAAAACGGUCGUAAUUACACAAGUCUUGAAUUGCUGAGGCCUAAA